CUUACCCCCCCCCCCCCAGAAAGUAUGGGUGUCUGGGUGGAUAAACAGAAAUAAAGGCAAUUCGAAAUUAAGUUUUUAUUAAAAAAAAACACAUAACAUAACACUAGCGAAAAAGGAGUAGAUAACAAACAUACGCUUCUGGCCAAUACCGUCAUUUCAUUCCAAAGUAAAAUGUGUUUAAGAGUAGCUAUAAAUAUAAAUAUGAAUAGUCAACUUGCGGGUACAACCAUGGGAAAAAUCUCUUUUGAAGGAGUGGUGGCUCUGAAAAGAGCCGGUUUGGUCUCGACGUUUCGAACAGUAUACUCUGCUUGUCUCCACUCCUUGAAAUGAGAUUUUGUACCCAUGGUUGUACUGUAUCCGCAAGUUUAUUAGUAAUAAUUUAUAUUUAUAGUUACUCUUAUUAUCACACCUUGCAAAGCUUCAAACACCAUUUAAAAUGUGUUUGUUUAAGCAUGUGGAAGCCAUCGAAAAGUACUGACGUUAACACAUUAAUUUGAUCUUGGUUCAUUAGAUCUAUAAAACUUGGGGCGGCUUGGUUAAACAAGUUUGAAACGAAAUCGAUUUGAAAUAUCACGGGCUAUACUGUAAAUUUGCCAGAGCUUGAUCUGUGAGUAACAAUAACACAAAUUAAUUGCCCAGACGGUACUCUAAACAAAGGCGAUGGAAAAAGAACAAAACAAUGGGGGCAAAAGUACAUUACAGAGAUUAACAAAGUAUUAUAAAGUUCUAUCACCAUUUUAUUUUAUCAAUUAAACCACAUUUUAUUUUACUAAUCUUGAUAGAGCAUAAAUUAUGCGCAUAUGCAACAUGAUUGUUUAUACCGGAUUAAUCACAUUGCCAAUCAAAACUGAAGCGGAUUUACUCGAUCCCAUGUUGAACAAGCUCAGCCGGAUUGCUUUUGUCGCUCUGUUGACAAUUCCAUUGUGGUUGGAGUGUCACUCAUACAAAACCAGGAAUCGCCCGCGAUCGAACUUUCUGUCAAUUAGGUACCUGUAUUAACUGCGGUGGGUGACCCGCUCCAAUUAUGCCCUUCACACGACCCUGUGGGGGCCAUCAGCACGCCGUACCCUUAGCAACGGGGACCCACUAUGCACCCCUGCAUACACCCUAUAACGUGUCUGAUGCAUUGUGUUCCUAUUCAAUUGUACAGAGUUGUAGUUUACAAAAUCUUGUCAACAUUCAACACAUGGGAGUGGAGAAAACUUUAACUUUAUGCUCAGAAUGUAGAGAACAUUUUGGGCAAUUUUAUCUUUUGAAGACAUCUUUUUGACUGAAGACCAAUUAUGGCAGUGACGGCCGAUGCGAUGUUCAUGAACUGGAAGGUUCCAACUCGUCUUAUUGUGGAUGAGCCUUCUUAUAAGCAGCAGAAAGAGCGGCUACUACUGGACAGCAAGCAGCGCUUCUACGAGGACAUUAACGGCAAUCGGAAAUAUGCCAGCCCCAGCAACAAUGUCUUGAAGGAAGUGGGCAAACUCCGUGAGAUGGACCACAAGCUCCUGCCAUCUCGAAGGUCCCAUAGGACCUCAACCACCCAUCACGUGCCGCCGUACGGGAUGUUCAAACAAUCCAGGGAAAAGGACAUCAUUGAUGAGGAACUGAAGGCAGCGUCCAUAGGUGGAAUCAGGAAGGUGGCGACUCCUGGAGCUCCAAAGUUGCCUGCCAUGCCUUUCUCACAGUCUCAUCAAGGUGGCACUGACAUCAAGUCCCAGAUGUCUCGUAACUUGAAGCCCAGAGCCAUGCCUGCCGCUCAGGACUGGCUCAAGACAGCCGGUAUGAGCCAGACCAAGAUUAUCAACAAUGCCAUGCAGGCUGCCGAUAUAGACAGGACCCUCAACAGGGCGCUUCAACCUGAUUCCAAGAAGGCUGUGGAGAAAUGGCUGUCCACAGCUAACGAGCGAGAUCGCGAGGUGGCCAUUGAGUUUUUCGGUUCCCUCGCUGGCAGCAAGUUGAUGGGAGCUAAAGAGAUCAUUUCAAGUCACCAGCUCCACACCGACGGCAAAGGACAGGGUACUUGCAAGAUUUGUGAUGGAAGCAAACUGCAAGACGUCAUGGAUGCCCUCAAAAAGGGGAAACCUGUUGCCUCUGUGACACUCAACAAAGGUUGCAAACAGCCGAGUCACAACGAACGCCGAAUCCAACUCCUCACACCCUACACACGGAGCCACAAAGACGAGUUCCAGACCUGGCACCACCUCCCUGUGUUCAAGCACAACGGACCUGUCUCAAACACCAUUGCGCUGUUUACACGCCCCCAUCGACCAAUCCCAAGACACUUUACCAUCCAUCCAGAAUGGGAUUAGAUUACGGGAUUAGACUAUGGGAUUAGAUUUAGAAAGACAAGUUUAAGUGAAAUCUUCACUCCCACAGGAAUUCAAGUCAGACACAAUUUCCUGACAUCAAAUUAUAUAAAAUUUUCCCACAAAUACAGUAGAUACAGGUUGACCUGACUGAACAACAAAAUGGAUUAUCGCUAUAGAAGCUCAGUCAUCAUAAAAAUUGAAACAUCAAAAAUGUAACAUAAUAAUUUGUACAAUCUUUAAUUUUCCUUCGUGGAUUUGCUUUUGUUAAGUGAAAUAUAUCUAAAUAUUUAAAUAAAUGUUUAAAAAUGACUUUGGGAAAACCUUGAUGCCUAAAAAAAGGGGGAAAAAUUGAUACUUUUAUAAUCAAUAACUCUGUUUUACAGAUACUAUGAAUAAAUUUUAUAUCGUAUUUUUCAGGGAUUUGUAAAAUCCUAACGUCAGAAAGUAGUGAAGUUAAAAACUUUUAGAGACUAUUCAUCAAGUAUAUUUUUAGGCAAAGCAUUUGAAUUUGGAGGAAUAAAUGCAAUCAAAGUUUGCCUGUGAUCAUUUCAGUUUCUUCAAUUUAUUGUACUCUUGUGAUAAGCUAUCAAAAAACCUAGUAUCGGAAUAUUAUCAGGAUUCUGGUUGUAGAAAUACAACACUAGACUUUUGCAGUUCAACAAGGUAAAGUUUGUUUUAGUUUUUAAGUUUGUGUUGAUGUACUAUUAAAAUCAUGAACAAAUAUUAUACAAUAAAAGCCUUUGAAAGUGA